AAAUUUUUGUUGAUCGGUAACCUACAGCAUAUGUAAAGACAAUUGACGAUCGCAACACAUGACGCAAACGAAAAAGUUUUACUGUAACGAAAUUUAUCAGUGUAUGCACAGCUUGACUGACCAAGUAUUAAAUCAGUAAUAUAACACAAAAUAUAUUAGAAAGAGCUCCAGUUUCGCAUGAACGGUCUAUAAUAUCGGAUAGUUAAUCACUUGCGAUAAAACUAUUGCCAUAUUGCCAUAUUAUGGCGUUUACGACGGUACUUACGACCGCCUUGCUGGUCACCUGCGCAAGCGCUGGCUUUCCAGCGUGGAACGAAGACUUCCCAUUCCCAGGAUUUCCAGCACCGAUGGUGUCAUUGCGAUUCGCCACGCCUCAAGCCAUGGCUGGUGUCCCGAAGUUCCCAUUCCCAUUCUUCGGCGGGUUUCCUUUCCCGACAAUGCCUCCUAUGGGCUUCCCUGCUAUACCGUCGGUCCAGGAUAUAGCCGGUAGCAUCCCAGCCGGCGGGACGUACAACGGUGUGAUGGUCAGCACCCAGUCUGAGUCCAAGAGGAACGAGGAUGGCACCGUCGUCAAGUCCGGUGGCUCCACCGUCAUGAUCAACGACAACGGCAAAGUUACCGUAGAAAAGACAGGAGAUUCACCGCCAGAAAUUGUGCCUCCAACUAAUAUACCCGCUUUCAAAAAGAUAGGGCCGAAACCGAUGAAAUUCUCAGAUAUGUUUGGCCCGUCUAGUGAAGAAAUCAAGACAAUAUCUCCGGAGGAACUUGAAGAUUAUGUACCAUCAAAAGGGGAAAAGUUUAAAGGACACGCCGUUGUAAGUAGCAGCUUCUCCACAAACGUCAAUGGGCAGAAGAAAGAGGGCGCUGUCGUGACCAAAGUCAAGAAUGACGACGGAACAGUUUCUACGCACAACUUUGUUUACCAAUCGGAUGAUUCACAGUAAUAUUAUUUCUCUGUAUAUUCGUAAACGGUUUCAACUCAUUGUAAUCACGACUAAUCUCCACAACUCCACAAGAAAAUAAGUAUACUCGUAGUCUAUGUCCAGAUCAGCAUGAGUGAAGACGAGUUACCUACCACACACGAGCUACCCAUAUGGAAAACAAUAGAGUAUUUAUAUAACUACUACCCCAUUCUCCAUCAUUUCAUUCUAUUCUUUCUUCUUUUAUCCCAAGCAACCGCUUAAACUGUUUACGAACAUACGCGUAUCACCCUAAGUAAUACCGCCAAAAAUCAUUAUUCAUCAUUUAUCGUUAAAGUUCAGAUUGAAUAUAGAAUGACGUAGCUUAAGUUAAUUUAAAACAAGGCUUGUGUUUCAUAGUCAUACUUAACUUCAAUAAAAUCGUUUGUAUAAAGCAGUUAAUUUUAAGUUUUGUAUAUGCAAUUCUAUUAUUAUUUGAUUCUGUGCGAUUAAAUUGUCAUAAACACUUUG